CAUUUCAACAGCAACACCCACACAUUUCCAAGAUUUGAAAGUAUUCUAGAAGGGCUGUUUGGACCUGAAUUAUUAAAAGAUCUGAGUUUGUUUAAAGACUUUGAGCCUGAAGGUGUCUCUGAUUGGUCUUUUGAUGAAAAUUGUCUUUUCUGCUGUUUGAGACGAGAGAAAGUGAAGGAACACUUAGUCAGUCUGGAUGAGCCAGCUUUGGAAGUUGGGCACCAAGCUCUGCUUAGACAAGAGCAAGCGAAAAUCAUUCGGUUCGAGAGGCAAGCGGAAGAAUUUAUCCAUGCAGUCUUUUAUCGAAAAGACAGUCAUAGGGUCUCUGACCCCAACAUUCCCCUAGUGGCCCGUGAGAUCAUGCAGCGGAUGAUUCGACAGUUUGCUGCUGAAUAUACCUCAAAAACUAGCUCUACUCAGGACUCCAGCUCGCCCAAUAGCACAAAGAACCAAAGCCUGCUGAAAGCAUCUCUGGUAGCCUCAUCCCCUGUGGGUGCAACGGCUCAAAAUCCUGUGCUCAGCAAACUUCUCAUGGCUGACCAGGACUCGCCCUUGGACCUCACUGUCAGAAAGUCUCAGUUGGAUCCUAGCGAACAAGACGGAGUACUUGAUCUGUCCACUAAGAAAAGUCCAUGUGCAGGCAGCGCCUCCUUGAGCCAUUCACCUGGCUGCUCCACUACUCCUGGGAAUGGGCGACCUGGGAGACCCAGCCAGCACCAUGCAGAGGGACUUCGGAGUGGUGAUGGGGUGCCCCCGAGAAGUUGGCAGGAUGGAACGAGGGAAGGGUCUGGCCACUCCACAUCUCUCAAAGUUCCAUUGGCUCGAUCACUGCAGAUAAGCGAAGAACUGCUGAGCAGAAACCAGCAUGCUACAGCUGCCAGCCAUGGGCCAUCUGGGCUGCAGAAUCACGGACAGCACAUGAUACUAUCCAGGGAGGCUUCUUGGGCAAAACCACACUACGAAUUCAACUUCACCCGAAUGAAAUUCAGGGGAAACGGUGCACUCAGCAACAUCAGUGACCUUCCUUUUCUUACAGAAAAUUCAGCCUUUCAAAAAAUGGCACUUCAAACUAAACAGGAUGGGAAAAAGGACAUGAGCCAUUCAACUCCUGUGGAUUUAAAGAUACCACAAGUUCGAGGCAUGGACCUUUCAUGGGAGUCCCGUUCUGGCGACCAGUAUAGCUAUAGCUCUUUGGUGAUGGGUUCACAAACGGAGAGCGCGCUUAGUAAAAAGUUAAGGGCUAUCCUUCCAAAACAAAACAGAAGGAGCUUGCUGGAUCCCGGACCAGACUCCUGGGGCUCAGAUGCUGAGCAAUCUACCUCUGGACAGCCAUAUCCCACCUCUGAUCAAGAGGGAGAUCCUGGCUCUAAGCAACCUCGGAAGAAAAGAGGCAGAUACAGACAGUACAACAGUGAGAUAUUGGAAGAAGCGAUCUCUGUGGUGAUGAGUGGGAAAAUGAGCGUCUCCAAAGCUCAGAGUAUUUAUGGGAUUCCCCAUAGCACCCUGGAAUAUAAAGUGAAAGAGAGGCUGGGCACUUUGAAAAACCCUCCAAAGAAAAAAAUGAAAUUAAUGCGGUCGGAGGGACAGGAUGUCUCUGUAAAGCUUGAGAUAGAUCCCCAGGGAGAGGCAGCACAGAGUGCGAAUGAGUCAAAGGAUGAUUAUGAGGACGCUGCAGAUUGUCUUGCCCAGCCGAAAUCUCCAUUGGAAAAAUUUAUGGUCAGACUGUGCACGUACCAUCAGAAGCACUUCGUCCGCGUCCUAAACGACAUAUGCACUGAAGUACAGACAGGCUGUGAGGGGCAGCAGUUACCUGGAGCAGAAAACAUGGAUGUGUCCACUUGUAGCUCUGGCUGCAGCCAGUAUCACACUGAGAGCCAGGAGCUUGGAACUUCUUGCUCUGAAUCAAAGCUCCCUUCUUCCCUGGACACAGACCAACCAGGGUCUCAUGGCUCUCUGCGCAUACUUUGCCAUGCCCUGAAGCAGGCUGUGGAUCUGAAAUCUACAGAUAGAAGGGAAAACUGCAGCCCAGUUGUCCGAAGAGACUUCCCUGAGCUUCCUAGCGUUAGAACAAGUUCUGCAAGUCCCAGGGACAGUCCCUCUCAAGGAUACCUCACUGCCUCCAAUUCCCAUCACUCUGCUAAAAGCCUGGAAGGCCAAGCCCUUGGUAGUGACCAAGAGAUGGGGGGUAGGAAAGGUGAGGAUGACAAAGACCAGGUGCAAAAUAGAGCUUUGCUGGGAGGCUACAAUGCUGUGAAAGCAACAAACAUCCACAUGAGUGAAGACGGUCUGGUGGGCUCUCAGAAGAACACUUUUAAAGCUUUCCCAGAGGAAACACGAGAGUCAGGCUUCACCGCCAACUCCCCUAGGAGAGCAGACAAAGAGAAUGCCUUGCAGUGCAGCUCCAAAGCCUCUUUGCACCCGGAUACUGAAAUGAAUGACCAAGAAGCAAGACUGAAGGCAGAGAACCACCUCCAGGCUUCAGGGAAAAGCAAGGGGAGCUAUAACAUGCAACCUGUUGACAAGACCCAUGUGGAGAAUGCCAAGGAUGGCUGGCUAUCCAAUAGCUCUGGGUCAGUGGUUCACCACAAAACCACCAAUGGACACUCCAGGACCAAGAGUAACUCAUCCUCCACCAAAAGCACACGUAAGAGCAAAAGGCCUUCAGGGCUGAGAAUCAAUGACUAUGACAACCAAUGCGAUGUUGUUUAUAUCAGCCAGCCAAUUACAGAGUGCCACUUUGAGAGCAAGAGGGUGGUCUCCUCUAGGAAGACAGCAAGGAAGAGCACACGUGGAUACUACUACAACGGUGAGUGCUGUGAGAUUCCCACAGUUCGCACCUUGGCCAAGACUUCCAAUGUACAGGAGAGUGGGAACACACUGGCACCAAGGCCUGAGGUGCUGACAAGCCCAAGCCAGGGAGCUUCUCUUCCGAUUGAUAGCUGCUUAGCAGCAGCCCAAGCCAUGAGUGACGAUAGUGACAAAAGACCUGCUGUGGCCGUUCCUCAAGGAGAUGCCUCCAACAACAGUACUCAGGAGAGAGAUGAGAGGUGUCUGGCUGAGAAGGCCGCUCCUGUGGUAAGUUUUGUGAAGGAGAGAGAAGACAGUUCUGCUGAAGCAUCCACACUUGCUCUCUCCCCACCACCUGGCCUUGUUUUGCAUGUAGAGAAAGGCAGCCUGUCCAAUUCUUCACUGCAGACCACUCUUGCCUCUCCCUGCCAACUGAGCAAAGUGGAGCCACAGGACGAAAUGGACAUGGACACUGUGCAGAAGGCUGGCAAUGGCACAGACUCUUGUAAGAGUAGCAGACCCAAUGAAGACAGUGGCAACACAGGAGAUUCUGUGGUGUUGUCUGCCUCAGAGGUUGCUAAUGGUGAGGAAAGUGCCAUGUUCUCAGAGACCGAGGCUAUUCCUGAGCCUUGCAUUCUUCUAGACCAGGUGCCUCCUGACAGCAUGGCCCUUCAGCCCCCUGAAGACCUUUCCCCUGGGAUGGACUUGAUGCCUCCACUGGAGGAGCCUGCCCCUGUUGAACACUUGCCACCAUUUAUAGAACUACCUUCUGAUGUGGAACCCCCACUUCUUUCCCCUAUAGACCUGGCAGAACCUCCCGCCCUUGUCCGCCUGGAGCCUUCCAUAGCCUUCCCUGCAGAACUCCCUCCUAUCCCAGAGUGUAUGUGUCCAGGGGAGCCUGUUGCCAGUUCAAGGGCAGUGUCUCCUGGCAUUGUGGUGUCUGAGCCUCCUGCCCAUAUUGACCUAGAGGCUCCUUCAGGGGCUCCUUCUAUAGAAUCUCCAGUGGUGGGACCUGGCAAGUUAGAUAUGGAGCUCUCACAGCCACUUUCUGACUUGGAUGCUGCAGAGCUCCCUGGCAGCUUGCAGGGUGCAGAUGCACAUGAAAGUAUUAAUACUCAAAAUAGCAUUGAAGGGAUUAUGGACUCAGGUGGAAUCCACUCUGGGGAAAGUGAGACUGUGUUGCCUGUUGCGGAUAAUUAUGAAGAUUGGGGAGAGGUAACAGUAAAAGAUACAAGUGAAACAAGCAAGGUGGAUGAUGGAAAGGAACUUGAUAGCAAAGCUCCAGUAGUGCCCCAAACAUCAGAAGUGGACAACAAGGAGGGAGCUUCUUCCAAAACUAGCCCAGACAAAAAACGAAAGCGGGAGAAAAAACCUCAGAUUGUAUCCGAUCGCUGUCUUCGAAGCCAGCAAUCCCUGUCACCUGCAGACGACAGUCCUGAGCAAUCCACUUCUUCCACGUCUCUACAGCUUCCUCAACUUCAAAUCAAGCUUUCAAAAAGCCCUGGUGCUAAGCGUUUCAAGAGGGAGGUGCAUCUUGACGGUGCAGCAUCGCUGUGUUUCCCAAAUGACGGGUUCCAUGAAACGCUGCUAAACAACAUUGGGAAUUCUUCUGAGCAGCAGUCAGGUGACAGAAAUGACAUCACAAUGGGGCAUGCCUCUCAGACACUGUUAGCAAAAAAGACCAUAGUAGAGGAAGACCAGAAUGAAGAAAGAAACAAGGACAAGGCAGGGGCAAUGCUUGAAAUUUGCUUAGAGGGUGAUUCUGAUAGGAGAAGUGUUCACGUCCCACCAGAGACCUCUGAUAAGGGUGAAAAGCAGUCAGAUUUGACAUCAGGCACUCCAGAGAACUCUGACAGUAUGAUGGAGGUUACAGAGGAGUUGCACACCCAGCAUGGGCCCAGUUCUGUUAGCAGGAGUGAAAGCAAGUCUGUACCACCAGAGAGGUCGGUAAAAUCUAAGAAGCCAGCUCUCCAGUUCUAUAACUUGAGGCACACCCCUGCCCCAACCCCUGUGGCCACUGCCUCCAAAAACACUUCUGGAAAAGAAACCGUACAAGGAGAUUCUAAUGCUGUGACUAUACAAGCAGGUUCUAAUGUCACAGACCAAGAAAAUGCACAGAGUGAAGACACCGUUGACUUCAGCAGCAUGGAAGUGCUCUCUGACAACAAGCCCAGUUUUGUGGACUGGUGUGCUGAGGAAGAGAACCAAGAACUCAUCAGUAACUUUAACACUCAGUACAUGAAGGUCCAGAAAGGGUGGAUUCAGCUGGAGAAAGAGGCUCAGCCAGCUCCAAAGGUCAAGAAUAAAUCCGACAAACUGAAAGAGAUCUGGAAAAGCAAGAAGAGGACCCGCAAAUUGAAAGGGCCCACUGAAGUCCAGAAGCUCUCCCCGGUUCAGAUGCUGUUCAUGAAGGGGUUUGACAUGUCCAACAUCUGCAAGUGGUUUAUGGAGACCACUGAAACCAAGUCUCUGGUCAUUGUGAAGAAGAUGAACACACGUCUCCCGGGGGACAUCCCCCUCAUCAAGCUUCCACUCCAGAAGGGCUGUUAUUCCAGCAGCUACCCUAGCUCCCUUCAAGCUGAGCGUCUGAAGAAACACUUGAAGAAGUUUGCUGCUAUGACCCCGGCAAAAAACACCAUCAAGAUUCAGAGGGUGUGGGCUAAGCUUCGAGAGGGCUCUGAGGACAAAGAGCCCGAGCAGGCUGCCAGUUCGAAGCAGACGCCUCCCUCCGAAGUAAGCGUGGAGCACAAAGCUGAGGCCAAAAGCGCCCAGCCUCCAAGCACGCCUGUGCAAACCAGCUCUCGCAUCCUGAGGAAGUACUCCAACUUGCGAGGCAAACUCAACGCCAUACGCAAGGUGGUCAAGCAGGACAAGAGCGACAGCGUGGCCAAGCACCUCUCUGCCGAAAGCAAGCCGAGCGGCAAGAGCCUGUGCAUUAAGCCCCUGGUGUCUCCGAAACUGGCCCAGCAGGUCCAAGCCCCCCCACUUGCGACUAAGACAAGCCUAGUUGAAAGAGGAGGGAAGGGGCGAAAGGCGAAAGGCAAGUUACAGGAGGACACCUCAUCUAAAGGCCACCUUCAGCAAACCAGGAAGAAGUCUCCGACCGAGAGCAGCAGGUCACAGAGGCUGUUGAGCACCUCAAGCAAAGAAAGGCUUCCUCUUAAGAAAGCCAGUAAACUGAAGCCUGCAGGGCCUCCUGCUACCAGGAAGCAGGCGGCUGCCGACAAGAGUCAUAAGCCUGUGUCUGGGAACGAGAAGGCAAAGAAGCUGAAUGACUUGCGACCUGGGAAAAGGAAGCUCCCCGUCCAGAAGGGGAAAGCCAAGGCCGGUCCAAAGGCAAGCCUGCCUUCCAGGCAAGCAGGGCUUGCUAAGCCUCCCAAGCAGAAAGUGGUGCACGACUCCAGCAGCCGACCUCCCAAAGCGGCUGCCCCAAAGGCAAGCAGUGGCAAAGCCUUGACUAGGUCAAUGAAGCGAAUUCAGGAGAGCAGCAGAGCCCAGGGCAAGAGGAAGCUGAGGGCAAGCAAAGACUCUUCACCCAGCAAACGCAGGUGUCUGGAUGCAAAGUAACCGGCUGGGGUUGUGGGUGGGUAGGAGGUGGGUCAUAGAAAUACUUCCUAAUGCAUUAAACAGAUCCACUUCUGAACAUUGUGGGGAGGGACGCAAGUGUUUAGCCGAAGGCCAACCCCCUGCUCUCGGAUGAUGAGGAGCCCCCUAGCUGUGUUGCAGCCAGAAGGGAAAGCUAUUAUUCCCUACCCUUGAGAAGGAAAGUUGCUGCUUCUGAAAGCUCCUGGAGUGGAACUAGGAGUUUGGCAGUUUCAGUUCGAAGUACAGUGCCUUAUUUAUCCUUUUAGGAACUGAAUAAAUUAAUCUGUGUGAUUUAAAGGCUGGCAGUUUAUAGUUAAUGCACAAGCACUUGAACUGUAAUGGAAAGAGAACCAGCUUUCAUGCACAUCCCAUAGACCUUGGCAGCCCGCCUGCUGGGGUUCACACAGGAGCAUUUUCUUCCUUUUGUGCAUUGUAGCAUCCUGGCACUGCUUAAACCAAGCAGGGCAUUAUAAAGCCAAAACCCAAAGCAUUUGCAUCCUUUAAUCCUGUCAGUCAGUCAGAAUGGUGUGUGGUGUUGUUAAGGUAUGAACAGUUGGACUAUCUUGUGUAACUGGGGCUUGGCUGUAACGUAGCCUUGCUCUCGUGUCAAAAAGAUGCUGAUUCCGAAGCGUCAGUGAUUGGCAGCCAUACUUGGCCAACUUUGUACUUAGCCAAGAAAGGAACUGGACCGCUGGAGAGCCCUUCCCUAUUAAGUACAUGCACACUGCCUGCCACUUCUGACAUGGUUGUUUACAGGUGGGCGCCUUUGGGCCUGUGUCCUAAAAUGCAUCCUGGAUGCAUUUCAGAAUGGUGGUAUUCCUGUCCAUUUUACUGUGAGGCCUAAACACCCCUGAAAUAUGGGUACUUGAAAGCACAUCUUAGCAGCGAAAUAGAAGGACAAAAAACCAUUCCAAAGUGAAGCUUGCAUGCAUCUUGUGGGUCUAUAAAAUUAAUGUUGGAAAGCGCCCGUAGUCAGAGGUUCUUCUCUGCUGUAAACUUUACAUGAUUUCUAUGCAGUUGCUGCAAGUUCCUUUUUCAUCUUUCCCUGUUUGCCAUAUGUCAAAAAGAUUUUAAAAAUUAUUGUUAUUAAAAAAAGAAUGAGGCAAUGCUGGCUGCAAACAAAGUAGCAACUAGAAAUAGCUGGUGCUUUUGCAAGUGUGGUUUGGUUCCAGCUUAAGAGUAAGCAAGCUCCUUUCUCCCUUGCAAGGCCUCACCUUGCAAGUUUAAUCAAUGCAUUAUGUAAAGGUCAAGAAGUAUCUGUCUUCAGACAAGGUAUUUCUACGAACACCUAUUAGAAAGGCAAACAGUCCCCUUCUCAGUGCAAACAUUUGUUUUGGAUCUGACAGCAUUUGGAAGCAGCCUUUUUCUCAGAGGAAACUCCCUGCCCCUUGUACUUUGUGCUACCCAUCUGCUGGGUGACAGACAGUGGUUGCUGCUACUCUGGGCUUGCAGAGAAAAGCAGCCUUUUAUUUAUUUCCAUAGUUUUCCUUUAAAUCACAACAAAGGCAGAGGUAUUUGCUUAGAAACUUGUGCAAACUUCCUCUCGCUUGCUGUGCGUGGCACCCAGGAGCUUCCUGCGAAGGCCUUCGAAUGGCUUGACCUUUCAGAAUAGCUUUCCAUGGAUACCAUCUGAGAUCGACGUACUCAAACACAUCUUUACACAUUAUUAUAUUAACUGGCUGGAACCAGUCUUUCCAGUUGGUGAGGGAUUUGUAGAAUAAAAGGAAAGGCAAACUCUUUCGGGAGCAAGAACAAGGCUUAGGUGCAAGGAAAUUGGUUUUAUUUCGUUUUUUAAAGGAGGGAGGGUGCGUUAGCAUUGGCACUCCUAUACCAAAGCUCAUUACUGCAGGCAGAACACAGAUAACUAGUUGUAUAAUUUGUUCCAUUGAUCAAAGAGAUUGGGAGGCAGCACCUGGAACUGCAAAGCCCUCCUGCUCACCUGCUCACCCAAGUCUGUGUCUUGAGAGGGUGCACUAAAGCUAUAAGACACAUCAGGGUGGACUCUUUUUGUAUGAAUACUUUUAAAUCACUGAUUUUUAACUUCUGUCUUUUGAUGUAAAUCAUGCUGUAUAAAAUGAAUUGUUGUAAGCAUUAAGUCAGGCCUAGCAUUCUCUGUAAAGAUUGAUACGUAUUUGUCUGAUUGCUGUUUGAACUGCACAUAUAGAAUGUGCUAGACAUUCCACCAGGAGUAUUAAAAGGUAUUUAAGGAA